AUGGUAGACAAGAAGCCGAACCGGCACGACCCGCAUGGGUCUUUGCCAAUACCUACCUAUGACGAAGCGGUCAAUGCCCGUCCUUCCUCCUCACAGCCAUUCCUGGGGGCCGAAGAAAUCAGCAAUGAUGCUGAGCGACAAGGGUUGCUUUGGAGAGAAGAACAAAGUGGCCAUCAAUCGUCUGCAGUGGAAUCUCCUCGGUCGAGCCUGUCAUUCAGCAACUCCUCAAGAGCUUCUACCGAGGAGUUGCGGCAUGAGAUGAUGACGCAGAUGGAUGUGCUCGAGCCGGAAGCAAAUGGAGGUCGCAUAAGAGGAAAUUUGCUGCGAAGAAACCAACUCUCGAAGCGUAUCACGAGUCUGACACAUAGCCUUUCCUCUCUCUCAUUCCGUCAAUGGCUCCCCUCCUGCGACUAUGUCAUAGCAAAGAUACCUACCUUCAUCCGCCAAUUCCAACCAAAUUGGGCUAUCAUGAUAUCGCGUUUAUUCGCCCUCUUUCUUGUUUUCUCCCUGGUCUAUCUACUAUUCUUUUCUGACGUCUUUACCGUCGGCCGCAGGGGACCCGGUUCCGCAACAAAAUUCCCUGAUAUGGUAAGAGAGUUCGUACGUAGCAAUGCAAAUGCUUCUAGCAUACGAGAAAGUUCCAAGUAUUUGACACUCUUCGACCAUGUGGCUGGCACCAAAGGAAGCUAUGUUUUGGGCGAAUUUGUAGAGAAUAUGUUCAUAGAGAGUCGAUUGGAAGACGUGCAGAUGGAACGUUUUGAUGUAUAUCUCAAUUAUCCUAAGCUGGGCGGAAGGAGAGUUGCCAUAAUUGACCCUCCGGAAUUAGCUUGGGAAGCUGUGAUAGAGGAAGAGCAGGCUCAUGAGUCUCGCGAACAGACCAUGGUCUUCCACGGGCAUUCGAGGUCUGGAAAAGUCAAAGGCCCUCUCGUCUAUGCCAAUUAUGGGUCAAGAGAGGACUUUAAGAGACUUCAAAACCAGGGGAUUGAUAUGGGAGGCUCAAUUGCUCUUGUGAGGUAUUACGGCAGCCAAGGGGAUCGAGCUUUGAAGGUCAAAGCGGCUGAACUAGCUGGAGCCGUGGGGUGCAUCAUUUACAGCGAUCCGGCAGAGGAUGGCUUUCUUCUGGGGAACGAUACGGUCCAGAGGGGAGCUGUCAGCCUAAUGAGUUGGGUUGUGGGCGAUGUCCUAAGCAGCGGAUUUGCUUCCUUUCCUGGAGAAGAAAGGAGAGACUCCAAGGACGGGAACCCUGGACUGGUCAAUAUCCCAUCGAUUCCAUUGUCAUGGCGAGACGCCCAAACGCUGUUGCAAGCGGUAAGAGGACAUGGCAUGAAGCUGGACGAUCAUUGGAAGGGAGCAGUCCCCCAGGUGGACGAAUGGUGGACCGGUGAUGCCAAUUCCCCUAUUGUACUACUGCAAAACGAUCAGGAAGAAGUAGAGAGAAGCCCAAUCUAUAACAUCCUGGGCAAAAUCACAGGAGUUGAGCAACCAGAAAAGUCCAUAAUUGUUGGUAGCCACCGUGAUGCAUGGUGUUUUGGCGCUGCAGACCCGGGAAGCGGGACAGCAGUAAUGCUCGAGGUUGUUAGGAUCUUUGGCGAGCUGAGGAAGAGUGGAUGGCGUCCGCUAAGAACAAUCGAAUUUGCGUCAUGGGACGGAGAAGAGUACAAUCUCAUAGGGUCCACGGAACACGUUGAAGGAAGACUAGAAGAGAUUCGCCGCAAUGGAUUCGCCUACUUGAAUGUAGACAUUGCCGUGAGCGGAAGCGACUUUGAGGCAUCAGCUUCACCCCUCCUCCAAAUGGCUCUUCUGCGCGUUCUUGAGCGUGUCGUGGAUCCAAAAAAGAACAAGACUCUUCGAGCAGUGUGGGCGGAGAAAGGUAGUAAGCUUGGAGGACUGGGCGCAGGUAGCGACUACGUUGCUUUUCAGGACAUCGCAGGGACAUCUUCUCUCGACAUGACGUUCAAAGGUGGCUCUUAUCCCUAUCAUAGUUGCUACGAUAAUUUUGAUUGGAUGGAUACCGUCGGCGAUCCUGGGUUUGUUUUUCAUAAGACAAUGGCUCAACUCUGGGCACUGCUCAUACUCGAGCUCGCGGACAGAGAACUGUUGCCUUUUAACUUCAUUGACUACGCAGAGGCUGUUAGAAACUACGUUGGUGACCUUCAGACUUAUGCCGAAGCUAAGGGUCCGAAAGAGGGCCUAAACAUGACCUCUCUCCACCAAGCUGCGGAUGAUUUUACCGAGAAUGCUGCUGAAUUUCACGCAUGGAACAAAGCGUGGGAGGACGCUGUUGGGCAAGGUUAUGAGACCAAUGAAAUGGCCAUUAAACGAAUUUCGCACAACACAAGAAUGGCGAACUUUGAGACCAAUUUACUUGACAUUGGCGGAGGUUUACCUGGUCGUGAACAGUUUGUGCAUGUGAUUUACGCUCCACAGGCGUGGUCUGGAUACGAAGAAACGUAUUUCCCAGGUAUGGUCAUUAUCAAUAUGCCCCCUGGUGUCGUACCGCAGCAUCAGCCAAUUCUAAUGGGACCCAGGAGUCCGUGA